AGAGAGAGAGAGAGAGAGAGAGAGAGAGAGAGAGAGAGAGAGAGAGAGAGAGAGAGAGAGAGAGAGAGAGGGAGAGAGAGAGAGAGGGAGGGAGAGAGAGAUCACCUCAGCACUGUGUGGGUGAGAGGAGAUCGCUGUUGUCUCCACCCUCUCUGGCUGGGCACGGCUGAGCGGAUCAAUAAUGACUCUCAACAUCAGUCUGCUCUGACGGGUCAACUGGGGAGAUAGAGGGAGAGAGAGAGGGAGAGGGAGAGAGAGAGAGAGAGAGUUUUAAAUAGAAAGCAAGAGGGAGGAGAGGAGAGGAAGAGAGGAAGCGAGAGGAGGCUCCAGGACUGGACAGCUCGUCGGGGGAAGCAGCUCAUCUUCAGGCCCAGGAUGGGUCACUGAUCUGGGGCAGCCAUCGGGCCGAGGAGCCUCACCAGAGACUGCACUUCCACACUGCGCUCAGACGUCUGUUUUUAUACUCAGUAACAUUUCAGUGCCAUUAGAACAUUCAGAAGCACACACACACACACACACACACACACACACACACAUUUGCUGAGACAUCACUAUUGCCUGAUUUUUUUCCCAGCUCUUAAAGCCUUACCCAAAUCAACCCGUCACACACACACACACACACACACACACACACACACACACACAAGCCGUCCCCAUGAUGGCGGUGAAUGUGACGCCGAUCCGUGACACCAAGUGGCUGACGCUGGAGGUGUGUCGUGAGUUCCAGCGGGGCACGUGCUCUCGGCCGGACAGCGAGUGCAAGUUCGCCCACCCCGCCAAGAGCUGCCAGGUGGAGAACGGCCGCGUCAUCGCCUGCUUCGACUCGCUCAAGGGCCGCUGCUCCAGGGAGAACUGUAAGUACCUGCACCCGCCGCCGCACCUCAAGACCCAGCUGGAGAUCAACGGGCGCAACAACCUGAUCCAGCAGAAGAACAUGGCCAUGCUGGCCCAGCAGAUGCAGCUCGCCAACGCCAUGAUGCCCGGCACACAGCUGCAGCCCGUGCCCAUGUUCUCGAUGGGCCCUAGCCUGGCCACCAACGCCACGGCGGCUGCUGCUGCGUUCAACCCGUACCUGGGUCCCGUGUCGCCCGGCCUCAUGCCCACGGAGAUCAUGCCCAGCACGCCCGUCCUGGUGACCAGCAAUCCCAACGUCCCCGUGCCCGCUGCUGCCGCCGCCGCCGCCGCCCAGAAACUGAUGAGGACAGACCGGCUGGAGGUGUGUCGUGAGUACCAGCGUGGGAACUGCACGCGCGGGGAGAAUGACUGCCGCUUCGCGCACCCGUCCGACAGCACCAUGAUCGACACCAACGACAACACCGUCACCGUGUGCAUGGACUACAUCAAGGGCCGCUGCACCCGCGACAAGUGCAAGUACUUCCACCCGCCGCCCCACCUGCAGGCCAAGAUCAAGGCCGCCCAGCACCAGGUCAACCAGGCCGCCGCCGCCGCCGCCAUGGGACUCCCGUCCGUCUUGCCUCCAUUACCAAAGAGACCCGCACUUGAAAAAACCAACGGUGCCACUGCCAUGUUCAACGCUGGCAUGUUCCAGUACCAACAGGCUCUCGCCAGCAUGCAGUUCCAGCAACAGGCCGCCUUCAUACCGUCAGGCUCAAUAUUGUGCAUGACACCUGCAACGAGUGUUGUUCCCAUGAUGCACGGUGCUACGCCCGCCUCUGUGUCAGCUGCCACCACAUCCGCCUCAAGUGUCCCCUUCGCCACCGCCACAGCCAAUCAGGACUCGCCAGUAUCAAAGUCGACCGCCUAUGAGUAUAUGCAUUUGAUUCCAAUAAUAUCUGCCGAGCAUCUGACUAGUCACAAAUACUUGACUCAGAUGUAGACGGUCCACUCUCCCAAGCAAUCAUGUCGGAGUGAAGUGAUGUGUGACCAUCUGGAGAUCACCACCAUGAAUGCAUCGUUACCAACAGGAAUUAACAAACAAAAACAACAACAAACAGACCAACUAAGAAAACACAGAUGAGGAAGAAGAAUCAGAAAACAAGGACGGAGAAACAGCAGAAAAAGAAAAGACCGUAAACACACACAUUUCUUUUCCUUGAAUGACAUUGUCGUCGUGCAUGCCACCUUGGGUCGACACAGAUUUUCCCCAACCUCUUUCCCCAUCUCUCUCUCUCGGACUCGUCUUAGCACCUGGGGGUCCGCCAGACAUUGCUGGUUGCCCUGUGUGUUUGUUUCAGUUCCUGGUGAUCUCUGUGAACCAACCUCUCAUAAUGAAUGCAAACAACAAAGACGUGUGUCUUAACCGGACUUCAGUUCGUUUGGAUUUUCUUUCUUUUUGAGUCCAUCGGUAGACCAAGAAAUAACUCUUAAAAUGAUUUCUUAUUGUGUGUGUAUGUGUGUAUGUGUGUGUAUGUGUGUGUGUGUGUGUGUAGUUUACACAAUAAAAGGUGUAAUACAACAGAGAGAAGGAACAGAAGGACAAAACAACUAGAGUUGUCAUAGUGAGGAGUUGUCCUAGAUAAUUUUGCAUGCACACAGUAUACUUUCAGUAGGUUGCACUAUUCCUUAAUGACCUUGAUUGUA